AAAGAACGGAAGAUCUUUGUCUUUGGCACGUCUGAGUAGGGACACAAGUACAUAGACUCAGAAAAUUAACCCAAAGCCUUCCCAGGCAUAGAGGGUACCCUCUUCUCUACCUAGAAAGAGAGGGUCCCUCUAUUUUUGAUAGCCCUCAAACUUAAGGAUAGGCACAUGCAUGCAUAUCCUUGUUAAUUUGAAUUCAUUCCUUUGAAAUAGAAUCAUGAGGAAGUUGUGUCCUAAUUUUGAUAAGGAAGAUGGGUUGGAGACCGUGCUUGAGGUGCCUAUUCCCGAUGAGAUGUUCACGAGCAUGGGCUCCAAUGGCUUCAAUCGCUGGCAGAAUCUCCGAACUCUCAUGAAUGCUCGGUUUCCUGACAAAUCAUCAUUGAACAAUGAAUUUCUCGUGCUGCUUAAGAUUGUGGGUGCCCCUCUUAUCCCUGUUCAGCUUUCAUCGGACCACGUUUUGACUCGCCCCCUCAAAGAUUGCUCCAUCCAAGAUUCGAAUGCGAAGUACAUAGUUCAGCAGUACGUGGCGGCGACGGGAGGGGUGGCAGCAUUGAAUUCACUGGAAAGUAUGUAUGCAAUUGGACGAGUGAGAAUAUGUGGGUCGGAAAUGCGUCAAGGUGAGAUUGAUGAAGAAGUUGAAGCAAGAGGGAAACCUGAAGUGGGAGGUUUUGUGUUAUGGCAGAAGAACCCAGAUAUGUGGUGCUUGGAAUUGGUUGUUUCCGGUUACAAGGUGAGUGCAGGAUGUGACGGUAAGGUAUCUUGGAACCACAGUUCUUCUCAACCCUUUCAUGCAAUCAAAGCCCCUCCAAGACCACUUCGCCGCAUCUUUCAGGGACUGGACCCAAGGUGCGCGGCAAACUUGUUCCUAAACGCAGAAUGUGUGGGAGAGAACAUGAUUAACAACGAGGUUUGUUUCAUGCUGAAGUUGCAAACGGCUCCACAAGUUCUUCUGGCACAGAGCACUUCGAAUACUGACAUUGUGAUGCACACGAUAAUGGGGUACUUUAGCCAACGGACUGGGCUGCUGGUGAAAUUCGAGGACACCAAGUUGGUGAAGAUGAGACCCGUGAAAGGCAAAGAGCACGUGUUCUGGGAAACUAGAGUGGAGUCCUUGAUCGAAGAUUAUAGAUACAUAGAUGGCAUUAACAUAGCGCACGGUGGGACCACAAUUGCCACGCUUAAUAGGUACGGUGCAGACCAAAAUCACAAACGUAUGAUUGAGGAAACGUGGACGAUUGAAGAGGUUGACUUUAAUAUUGUUGGGUUGACCAUGAAUUGCUUUCUUCCUCCCUCUGAUGGAGAGAGAGAACAGCACGAAGGCACAGAGGGAAUGGGAUAGAAUUUUGCUUCCCCUCGACUCGACUAGGAAGUGUAUAUACUAAAACAUAGACAAAUAUAUGGUGCUAUGGGUAUGCUGCAAUGGAAGUAAUUCAAUCUUUUUUUUGACUGAUAAAUGCAAUUCAUUUGGAAUAUGUUUUGGAUUCAAAGUUUUUUGUUUAGAAAUGGAAUUUGGAUCUUCACGUGUGUUGCUUAUCAUGUUUUCUGAGGCAUUUUGUCUAUAAUUAAUAUGACUCAUUGUUUUGGAGUUUCGUUGC